AUAGCAAGAUAUCGUAGAAUCCGUUUGAAAGCUUCUCUUAGCAAUACGGAAGCUUGUGAAGUGUAUAUAGUAAUUCGACAGGAAACUACAACUUGAUAUGAGGUGACAAUCGGAUAUAAUAUUGUUUUAUUUCUACAAUUGUUUCAUGGAUAAAUACCUGCCAUUAUGAAUGCGGCAGAGAAGGCACAGGAGAGGCAGCGGCUCUCGAAUCUUAUUACCCAGUGGAAUCAGGAUCAUUACGAUUUAUUUGAACUUAGCCAACCAAACGAGGAGUGUGAGUUCCACGGUGUUGUCCGCUUUUACUUCCAAGAUGGUGCCAACGUUGUCACUAAAUGUAUCCGUGUGGCCUCCUCUGCCACGGCCGGGGAAGUCAUCGAGGUCUUGGUGGAGAAGUUUCGUCCAGACAUGCGCAUGUUGACUACUAACAAAUAUGCUCUCUUUGAAGUUCAUGCAAAUGGAGAGGACCGCCGGAUUAUGUUUGAAGAGAAAAUCCUGUAUGUACAACUUCGAUGGGGGAAGGAUGUGCGUGAAGGCCGCUUCCUCAUGCGACGUGAGGGUGCAGAGGUCAUUGUCCCAGAGGAGAAACAACAGUUUAAGCGAAAUCUUUCGAAACGAGAGAAGAAAGAAAAGAAGAAACAAGAAAAACAGAAUCGAGGGAAGGAAAACAAAGGAGCGGCAGAAAAGCUGUACACCGAUAUGCCAGAGUCAAAGUUUACCAGGAGUAUAUCAAAUCCUGAUGCUGUGAUGCGUCGUCGACGGCAACAGAAAGUGGAGAAAAAGUUACAACAGUGUCGGGACAAACAUGGACAAGGUGGUACCCUGAAGAUUUAUGGUGACACUCUCAAACCUGACAUUCCCUACAAGACCUUACUGCUGUCCACGAGUGAUACAGUGGGGGGCAUCGUCAAGGAAGCCAUGGAGAAAUAUGGGCUGGAAAACGAGGACACAGAAGAUUUCUGCCUUGUACAGGUGAUUGUGCCCCCUGGGGAACAGGAGUACCACGGAGGAUCUAUGGGGGAGGAGAGGAUCAUGGAGGACAGCGAAUGUCCCCUAUUCAUCGCUAUGGAGUUUCCUCCAGCACGAGGCACUGUACUGUUCCAACUGAAGCGCAGAUCACCUGACCAGUUAGGGACAAAACACAAGAAGCUGCGGGCAGUGUCACAUGACGAUCUUCGUAGUCACCAAAGAGAUGAACCUGACACCAUGCCACAAAAUAAACUUCCGUACUUGAGAGAGCUUCACCCAGAUGGUUCUGAAAAUCCGAACGGGAAGAUACACCAGAUUCAUCGAAAGUUUACAGAUGUUGGCAGUGACAAGGCAACUGCUGUUAUAUUUGUAAAGGGAUCAAACAUCCAGCCACGGCACUGUAUGCUUGGCUUAUCGCCUAACGAUGGCAUCGUCAUGGUAACACCUACCAGCGCAGAAGCAGAGACAUAUGUCAAUAACCAGCGUGUGUAUGAGACAACGAAGCUACAAAAUGGAAAUACACUACGACUUGGAAAACUGAAUUACUUUCAAUUUAUUGACCCCAUUUAUGAGGAGAGAUUGAAAAAGGGACAGGUUGCUCCUUCCGGCCCUAUACAGAAACGAGGGGGUCCCUACAGCCCAAAACCACAGGAGACAAAUUUUGAUGUGGAUGGGAAGGUGGAGACCAUGGCAGAUAGUUCUCCUAGGAGUAAUGACCAACCCAUGCAUGGAGAACUUCAAAAACGGAGCCAGUCUGUCCAGAACAUGGGACCACCGAGGGAACCAGAGAGGCCCCCUCCUCAGAGACGUGUAGACGAGGCCUUACCGGCAGCUCUGGAGUACAGAGAGGAGAAGGAGGACGGAUUCCUGACCUCAGUGAUACUAGACAACAAUUCAGGCACACAGUUUAAACUGGCGCCCACAUACACCAUCUACAUGGCUCUGAGAUACACCCUAUCUAACAACUACCGCCCCGACCUCAGCCCCUCAGAGCGAGCCACCAAGGUCACCAUGCUGGUCGCUAAGGUCUCCAAAAUGAUACUGCAAGCAAUACAGUCUAACUGUGAUAACCCAGCCACCUUGGCGUUCUGGAUGGCCAACGCCUCGGAGGUACUGCACUUCUUCAAGCAGGACCAUGACGUCCAUCCGUUCUCUCUGGACGCCCAGGAGACUCUAGCAGAGUCAGUACAGAUGGCAUUCCACCAUCUAGUGCGAUGUCUCCAGUACGACCUUCAGAGGACCAUGCCUGCCUUCCUCGACGCGAGCGAGGCAGCAGAUGAUGACAUGAUGCAGGAUGAUUCCCGGUACAACAGAGGUAAACCGACCUUGGGAGAUGUCCUCGACACACUCUCCUCGGCCAUGAACCUCCUACGUCGUUGUCGUGUCAACGCCGCUCUCACGAUUCAGUUGUUCUCUCAGCUCUUCCACUUCAUCAACAUGUGGCUGUUUAAUAUCAUGGUAACUGGACACCACAGUGAGUUCUGUACGCGGAGCUGGGGAGUCCGACUCAAACGGAGGCUUGGCCGUAUAGAGGCCUGGGCUGAGAAACAAGGAUUGGAGCUGGCAGCUGAUUGCCAUCUUUGUCGUAUCAUACAGGCGGCACAUCUUUUGCAAGCACCCAAGGCCAGUUCUGAUGACAUUGCUGACAUCAGCUCGACAUGCUUCAAGUUGAACUCGCUCCAGCUUCAAGAACUGCUUCAGAGGUAUAUGCCAGAAACUGGUGAGCCACCCAUCCCACACAGCCUUAUAGAGAGUGUUGUCUCAAUAGCACAAAACAUGGCCGACGACCUGACCAAGAAUGACGGCCGUGAGGUGCAGCUGGAGGAAGAUUCUGACUUACAAUUGCCAUUCCUGUUACCAGAAGAUGGGUACUCUUGUGAUACUGUACGAAACAUUCCCAAUGGCUUGGCUGAUUUCAUAGAACCUUUUGCCAGAGCUGGUUUGUGUCGUAUGGUGGCCCAGCCGGCAUCACGCGGGGAGUGGACAGUAUAUAUGACCAGUGAUGAACACAUGGUGGACGAUGCUGUACAGAGGGGACCCUCCACACCCCAGCAACCUCCCAGUGCAGAACCUCGCCAACUAAGACCACAGCUACCAAAGGAGCCAGAGGUCAUGACUGUGACCUUCAACAAGGUCAACGGAAGCAUGGGACUCAGCAUUGUCGCAGCAAAGGGCGAAGGACAAAAGGAGAGAGGAAUAUACAUCAAGUCUGUAGUACAAGGGGGCGCUGCUGCUCUCGACAAACGUUUACAGGCCGGGGACCAGCUGUUGGAGGUGGACGGCAAGAGUCUGAUCGGGCUCACGCAGGAAAAAGCUGCGGAGUUGAUGACCAGGACUGGUCAGACUGUGUCCCUCAAAGUUGCUAAGCAAGGAGCUUUCUACCAUGGACUCGCUAACCUCCUCAGCCAGCCCUCGCCUGUAAUGCAGAGAGCUGCCUCCCCUAAGAAGUCUUCACGACCUCAAGAGGAAGGACCGCCCCCUUACAACGGUAGUGGCGAUAUGGAUAGGGGGCGCCACGCACCCGGUCACCGCGACCAGCGCCAGGUGAUGAACACCUCGCACAGUCGCUCUUCACCAUCACUCAACAGUGAUGGGAUGGGAUCAGAUCGUAUGAAGGCUACAUCGACUGGGAACUUGCGGGACCCACAGAUGUCUCAAGUCCAGCCCCCAAAUCACCAAGAACGGGGUAUGCACCCAAGGGACAUGAGGGAUCCGGGACUGAUGUCAAAGUCUAUUCCGAACCUCCGAAUGGACAAUUCUUUCGACAGCCGUGAGCAUCAGCAGGGCCCGCCUCAGCAGAUAAAGCCUGCUGCAUCUGUAGGUGCCCUACAACACGACUACUACAAUCACAGUAUGGACAGGAGAGGAGACCCCAGGGCACACGACUACGAGAACCAGCAAAGCCUAGACCCAAGGCUCAGAAACGCUCCUGAACCCGGGAGAAUGGACCGGGGGUACCCAGAGGCAGCACAGUCUUUGCCACCAAACAUGGGUUUGGCUGGAGGAAGAGGCCCUCCUUCUUCCAGAAAUUCACAGUCGAGUUUCAGAGAUGAAAGGCCCCGGUCAGAGUAUUUCGGCCAUCCGUCUGAGAGACCUGAUCUAAGAGAGGAGAGACCAAGGUCAAUGGAGAUUAAUGCUAAUAAGAUCCAUGAAUGGCAGCAGAAAUAUAAUAUGGACGACCACCAUUCACAACCUUCACCGCACGAGAGGAGUUUCGAAGGUCGUGAUCCUAAUUAUGUGAAUACAUCACGUUCUCCGCCCCACUCCAGUCCAGGGUAUGUGAAUUCAGGUGACAUUCCAAAAAUGAGUGCUAAUAACGAGGCUCGCCAACCAAACUUUUAUGAAAACACAGCGCCACGACAGACAGAACCACAGCCAGCUUUCCAUCAGAUGAGAAAGCCUCAGUUGGAUCAUGUACCACAAACGGCACCUAAACCCAUGGUGGCUACCAAACCAGCCUCUCGGGUGAUGCCGGUCGACAUUCCUCGUGUGGAAGCAGACAAUCGCCAGUCUCAGCCACACUUUUUUGACCCCAGGACACAACAAGGUCAUGCGUCACCAAAGCCUAUGAACCAGUCUAGUUAUAUGGCAGGACAGCCACAUAUGGUACAUUCCCCAGGCUACAACGAUCCUCGUAAUGCCAGUCUUCAAAGGAACCAGAAGUUCCCUCAGGGGCGGGAGGUUUAUAACCCCCACCAAAGCCCAGAACUACCCCCUGCCCCCAUAGACAUUCCUCCCGAGCUUCCUCCCCCUCCUGCAGGUAUGGACAUGGACGAUGACUUACCUCCCUUGCCACCACCUCCUCCUGCCCAGGACUACAGGUCAGACCAUCGUGAUGAAAUGGACCCUCCCUAUGCAAAUCAAGGUGAUCCCCGCUUCAGCAUGCCUCCAAGUAGUUACCCGUCAUACAACGCACCUCAUCAACAAUCAAAUUACUCACAACAUCACUUCCAAGAUCCACGUCAAGAUCCACGUCAAGAUCAUGCCAUGAUGGCCUACUCAGAACCGCAACGACAUCCUCCUCCUCAGCAGCUGCCACCGGCUAAACCUCAGCAUAUUCAUCCUCAGAGCUACCAGCCAAACCACGACUACCAGAAUAUUAGUUAUGAGGGGCGGUCACCAAAUCGUUCCUUCGAAUCUCCACCUCAGCAUUCGCCAAACCAGAACGUAUACGAGCCAUAUGAAAACAAAAGUGUUUCAUUACCCCCCGGUAUGGCUCCACAGGGCUAUAUGCCCCAGCCACCCAUGAAAAACACAACAAUGCCACGCAACAUGGCCGCUCCACAGCAGUUCACUUCGCAAAGCAAAAACAGACUAGUGGCUGAAAUGGCAGAGCGCUCCAAGGAGGGGAAACCUGUGAGCUCAGCAUGGGAACGUGAUGAGAAGGAGAAGAUGGAAAAGGAACAACAGCUAGAUAUGAAAAAGGCAAGGGAAGCGGAAAUUUCGGACCUCGAGACAAGGUCGUAUCUGUCCCCUGUAGAGCAAGACAGGCUGAGAAAACUUCGACUGGAGCAGGAGUUUCAACGCCGCGUCCAGGAGGUGGAGGGUCGUGGAGAGGAAGAGGACGAUUCUGACCAUGACAUUUCCAACAACACCCAAGCGGGACGGGAGUUUAUGAUAAACACAUUGAAGGAUGAUAUUGUUAAGGCUCAGAAACGUAUGGAGGAUUAUAACCGCAAACGUAUGUUUGAGGAAGUGGAGAAAGAGAAGGAGCACAAAGCAGUGAUUGAGGAAAGAUUGGAGAGGAAGCUGGAAAUUUUCGAAAGGGAAAAAGAAGAGCGACAAGAAAGGAUACGACAACGUCAGGAAAAGCGACAACGAGAACAGGAAGAAAAUCUUCGGAAGCAGAAGGAGAUGCGAGAAAAACAGCGACAAGAUUAUGAAGAACAAAAACGCCUUAUGGUGGCUGAGGAGGAGAAAGUUAGGGCCAGGAAAAUGGAAGAAAUUCAAAGGCGGAAGGACAUAGAACGUGAACAGAAGAGGAAGGCACAGGAGGCUCGCGAUGCUGAGGAGAAGAUCCAUCGCGCCGAAGUCCGACGUCGUGAGGAGGAGUACCAGUGUCAGCAACAGGAACAACGGGAGCGUGAACGUAGAGAGGCAAACCGUGAAAUCACAGUUGCGGAUGAACGGAAACGCCUGGAAGUGUUGACAGUACAAACACAACAUCAACAACCGUACCAGCCAUAUGCCAACCUUCCAUCUCAGUACUCGCCCCCCGAUAGGUACACCAUAAAUGUACCUCCCCCACCUACCCGUGGCUCCUCAUACGAGGUCGCAACAAGGUCAAAUGGUGGUGGCCCCAAUAGUUACGAGUCCGCGAACAGAUCAAACCCUAGUAUGGUGAAUAAUUAUAAUGGAUAUAAAAGUCAUUCACCUGCUGGACGUGUUCCUCCAGAACCAUCCUUCAAAAAGUCUGUGAAAUUUAACACGCAGUUGGAGACACAGAUUAACACUUAUAAUGAAGACCAAGGGCGCGGCAACUCUGUGUCGUCGUACCGGUCAUCUGUGUCCGACCAACACUCACCAUCAUCUCCCAGCAUCAACCAUCCCCCACUAGACAACAACAGUAAUGCAUUUGUAACUACCCCGCAACAAAACCACAUAGAUCAAAAAUACACCACAACCCAAAGCACGCCAACGGUUAUUGGGGCACAGGAAGUGUAUAGGGACCCACGGAGCCGGAUAAAUGCUCAAAAGGACUUUAGUGGUAUCGGACAACCUUUUAAGAAAGGACAGGAAAAAAUGUCCUUCAAAGACAAAAUGAAAUUCUUUGCUGCGGAAGCAGGUGAAGAAACACCAAAGUAUAAACCCAAAGCAUCAAAAACUCUCCGAAAUAUAGAAUCUCAACUACAUAACGGACAGUGAAGUCCUAUUUACAUCACAGACGGAGUGUCGGACAAUGAAGUACUCUUUACAUCACAGACGGAGUGUCGGACAAUGAAGUACUCUUUACAUCACAGACAGAGUGUCGGACAAUGAAGUCCUAUUUACAUCACAGACGGAGUGUCGGACAAUGAAGUCCUAUUUACAUCACAGACGGAGUGUCGGACAAUGGAGUCCUAUUUACAUCACAGACGGAGUGUCGGACAAUGAAGUCCUAUUUACAUCACAGACGGAGUGUCGGACACAGUGGAUGCAUUUCCAUGCGAGAGAAUCCCUGUAAUGAGAGCUUUCGGGGACCAAAGUGAUGGGUUACAACUUAUUCUUUGCCGAUCUGUGAAUGGAAGAGUUACUCCCCUUGGCAGUGCGUUAAGGAGAUAGAAUAAGGAUGUUUGAACUGUUAUCGCAUGUUUGGAGAAAACAAUAUGGUAUAAAGUGCUGAUCAUCUAGUGUUUGUGAGACCUUCAUUGAUGGAUGUGGGCAUUAAUCUGUCAUGGAAACUACAAUUUUGGUCCUGUGAGGAUUUAUAAAACCUUUUUAGUGUAGGACUCCCAACGUUUGGUGUACUGGAGACGUGGAUUUUACAUAUCUCAUUAUAAUCACAGUUAUCAUCUUAACUUUUUGUUAUCAUUAAUGUAAGCGGCCAGGUGUUCAGGCACUCAUUAGAACAAUGAAAGAAUUUCAAUCUUGUAAUGGUAUAUAUAUUAGGAAACACUGAUAUUCAUAAUUAAAAUGUAUCAACUUGAGGACAGCAAAUGGGAAAAAGGUUGAAUAAAUUUUCCAUUUUCAUUUAAGAUGUGUUGAGCUAAUGAGACUGAACAACUUGGAACUUAUAUCUAAGUCACAUGUGACACCUUAACUGAAGGAUAAAUCUUUUGUGACUUGUCGUGAACAACUCGGGAGUUUAUUAUAACCUGUUCCGAUAGGAAUUGUUGUGCAAUUUUUUUUUUCUUUAAUUUUUAUUAGUAUUGAAACAAAUUCAUUUAUUGGUUAUGAAAUAUGAUUUUGAAUAUGAAGAUGUAGGAUUAGCCGAUAUUACCGAACAGGCUGUGAUCCUUAAGUACACAUUUUGAUAUUAGACUUGUUCGUUCAGCUUUUGUCACUGUAGUGGGAGAAUGUCGAGCAUGUGUACAGUAUAUAGCUAUACAUGGACAUUACGUGGUCUAGGAGAAAUGGUGGACUGAGAGUUUUAUAUAGAACUAUUAUGCAGCUUUUUGUACUCAAUUGUACAAAUAUUGUUAUCAUUAUUAACAAAUGGUAUAUAUCACUGUUAUAAAGAUUAGCACAUAUCUACGGCUGUUGUACAUAAUUUUUGUUUACAUUAUAAAGAAUUCAUAGGAGAAACGGAACAAAUUAUACGCCGCGUAUGUGGAAACAGAAUUACUACAUAUGUUGACAGUAUGUGUGUGUACACGUGUGAAUAGGAUAAUUGGUGCACCUCGUUACACAUAAUAGUCCUGUGGUGCGAAAGGUUGGGUGUGUUCGGCUCAAUGCGAGCCGUUACUGAUGUUAUAUAUACAUUAUAUAUAUAUAUAUAUAUGGACAUUUGUAUAUAGCACAAAUACAUACGUUAUGUACAUAGAAAGAGUUUUAUAUUUUGAUAAGGUUGGAGGUGUAGAAUGAUGUUAGUGACUUUUAGUUCCUCAUUCAUUGGUCAUGCAGACUCACAGAUAACUUGACUAUAGACAGGUAUAUUAUUCGCAGGUAAAUCAAUUAGACAGGUAUGCCACAGGUAAUUCAGUCUGCCACAGGUGAUUAUGUCAGGUAUUUUCUGCGUUGAUUGCUUCCUGUAGCAGAUCUGGUUCCAUUAAGCUUAUUUCUCCAUAUACACCUACUCCUACGGUAUACGUAUAUGUCCAUACUCGGCGACCAGCUCUCGAAAUGUAUGUAAAGUUACACACUUAUUUGAUGUAUUAUUUUUGGUCAUAUAAUUGGCCACAGGACUAAUAAAACACUUUUUCUUAAGUUACUACAUUCCAAUAUUACCAUUCCAUAACAUUCUUGGUUGUCAAAGUUUUCUGAGCCGAGGCUCUUGUAUUAGAAAAAAACUGUCCUACAUUUGACAUGUUAUAAUACACAGACAUGGAAGGUGGAUUUUUGAACAAAAUUGGAUUAUCUAGGGAUUUGUUCAAUGGACAGUACUGGUUUUUGGGUUGAUGCUACAAAUAUACUGACUUGUAUAAGCUUUCUAAUAAACCUUUGGGACACAUCUGAUGUCAUGAUUGUUCAUCAUUAUUGUCAUUGUAAAUUAAAUUUCAAUACUGUGUAUCAAGUUUCUUGUAAUUUGAUGAGAAUUUCAAUGGUGCAUAUAAUGAAGACAGACAUUUUGUUAUUCAACUUAAUGUAGCUCAUCAACCAAAGGCUUGAUUAAUGUGACACAGAUUAUAACCGAUAAAAACAUUAAAUUUGUUUCUCUGUGAUUGUUCGUUUCUUGUAAUUUUGUCCAAGUGUUUUACUUGAACUGUCAUCAGUGUUGUAUGCUACAAACUUCUGUAUUUAUACUUCAAUCAAAAGAACACCUACAUUUUGAAAGCAUGUCCAAACAUGGAUUUUUUCCCUUUUAUCAUUAUCAUUAAAAAAUAUUUUUUAAAACUAUCUUUAUUUUGCACAAAAUCCAAUAGAAUCUGACAAAACAUUGAAAUAUUUAUUAUCAUUUUUGUUCAUUUAUUAGAAAACAAAGUUCAGCUUAUCAGUUAGUUUUUACCCAUGUCAUGUCCAAAGUUUUCCAGAAUAAAAUUUCCAGUGAAUUCUCAUGUCAUGCUACAUAUCCUUCUAUCAAUCUUGGUUGUGCCUUACUCAUUCCAGGUUGUGAACCGAAUGAAUCCUGUCCAUUUUGUAAUAAGUACGGUUGUAUAAGUUAUUGGCUAUAUAUUAUUUGUAGAUAUUCUUAGGUUUUCCCCUUGAACUGUACGACUCUCUCCCUUCCCAGAUGUUUCUGGUAUUGUUCAUUAGAUGGGCAUCUUUGAAGAUCUUUCUGCUACCCAAAAUUCUUACUUUCAUACCAAACCUCAAAGGGCAUCAAAGGGAGGUAAUAUGUGUGCUGUGUUAAGCAUCGUUUAUUGACAGGUACACAAAAUUUUCUAGAGCCAGUCUGAGGAAGAGAGCGAGUCCCUUCUAUGUUUUCCCUGUUCAGAUGCGUGUAGAAUUGCUUUGACUGAUCUGUCUAGAACUGCGGCCAAGUUUGUAGACGUUUUAUUUGCUGUUAUGCAUUGUAGUAUUUCAUGGCAUGCACCUGUAAUCAAUGCUAAGCAAUAAAUUAACAUAUAUAACAACUCAA